AUGGCUCUCGACACUCAGGGCAUCCUUGCAGCGGUGACCAUCGCAAUGUAUAUUCCCUUCCUAUUCGUUUCCAUCAGGUUGGUGAUGAAAUACGGAAUGUCGCGAGGUGAUGGUUGGGUCUUGUUGUUGGUAUUUAGCAUCAUCCGAGUAUUGGGAGGUGCUUUGCUUGUUGCAGCUGAGGAUAUCACACCCGCAAACAUUGGACUUUACAUCGGCGGCUAUGCCCUAGAGUCAUCUGGCCUAUCUCCACUGUUGCUCUGCACGCUGGGUCUGUUGCACUCGAUGUACCAAACCCCCGAUGGCUUUUCGAGAUAUAACAGACAAUUUCGCCUUCUUCAGAUCCUCGGCAUGAUCGCUCUCAUCCUUACCAUCACCGGCAUCUCCAAUGAGACAAGUUCCAGUUCAAGCUCGACUUGGAAUACCAUGCGCAGGGUUGGUGUCAUCCUCUUUUGCGCCCUAUACAUCAUCCUUGUCGGCAUUUGCGUCCACGUAUGGACCCAAGUUGGCUUUGUCAUGAGAUACCGCAAGCAGCUCUUGAAGGCCAUCUCUAUCGCACUUCCAUUCCUGGCCAUUCGGACGCUCUACAGCGUCUUGUCCACGUUCUCUUCGGAUUCGUUCUCGAUAACCGGAACCACCGAGUCCAACACCAGCGAUCUGGCAAAAUUCAAUGUUUUGACGGGCGAAUGGCAAAUUUACCUCGUAAUGGACAUGCUCAUGGAGUACGCCGUUGUGAUCAUCUAUGCUGUUGCAGGCAUCAUGCUUCCCCUCAACGAAGAUUACAAGCCUGCAGAUUCGUAUCAAGAUGAGUACCUUUUGAGUAGGCCUCAGAUGUGAGCACCGAGACGCCAGUGAAUGAGAGUCAUGUCCGGUUACGAAGCGGAAUGUCAGUUUAAUGGACCUAAUGAUACCAUUUCCAUAAUUCGUCUGUCUACAAGGUUACCUACCGCUCGUAGAUAUAUUUAUAAGUCUUUUAUUUAACGGUGUAGUGGUGUAGUGUUGAUUCAUAUCAUGAUCUGGAUCUAUGAUGAUGUCAUUGCCUCUGA